CCCUAAUCAAAGUAACAGUUAAGCGCAUUAUUUCUGUUGUGAAAUUUGUUACAAAUUAAAGCAAUAUUUGCUCAAAAUUAGAAGUCCUUGUAUAAUCAGCAAUGGAUAAUCCAGAACUAUACAAUCAAAACAAUCAACCUCAACAAUCUGGAGUUCAGAAGUAUUUAAGCUUUUAUGGUGAAAUGUUAAGAAAUCAAUUUAAUGACAAAGAAGUUGACUUACUUGACAUCGGUAGUGGAUGUGGAAGAGUCUUGUCUGAAAUUAUAAUUGUUAAAAGUGGCCUGAAAUUUUCAAAAAUUAUUGGAAUCGAUGUGAGCGAGGAAAUGGUGAAAUUUUCAAAUACAAAGUAUGGUAGUGACUUGAUUUCAUUUCACGUGAUGGACGCUGAAGGGGAAGUUCCUGAAAUUUUAAAUAAUCAACGAUUUGACAUUGUUACUUCAUUUUACUGCCUGCCUUACUGCAAAAACCUAAAUGCAGCAAUCCAAAAUAUUCAGAAGUUCUUAAAGCCAAAUGGAUUAUUCUGCUGCAUUUUUUCGCAGCUGCCAAAAUCCAUCAAUGAAAAUGAGCUGGUUAGUUCCGAUGAUAAACAUGCGAAGUACAUGUUUAAGUACAGAGACUUGCCAAAUGCUAGAGUGCCGGAUGAUGUGAUUGGAGUUAUUGCAAGACAUUUAAAUGCAAACGGAAUGGAAUCAAUUGAAGUGACUGACAUUGAGAAUGAUGGAUUUGAGUUUGCGAAUGUUGAAGCUGCUAGACGCUUGAUUGAGGCCGUAAUUCCAAAACUAAAGAACAUGUCAUUAAGUGAAAAGCAGGAAGUCAUUGACAAGCAAUUUAAAAUGAGUGAAAUCAACCAAAUUGGUGAUAAAGUUGUGUUUGCUCUUAGAAAUUUAUAUUUUAUAGCACGAAAGUUGUAAAACUGUCACUAAUUGGUUGACCUGAAAGUUCUUUGCUUUGACAUGAAAUUAAAGUAUUUAUCGCAUUGAUUGUUAAAUAAAAGAGCAGUUUGUUACGCAUUUUAGUUGUUAUCCCUUAGAUAAAGUUUUGAAGUUGAUUAUAUUGCUAGCUUAUAGUAGAGCUCGCUUAAACUGCUGCAUGUGUAUAUAAAUUGUAAAACAAGUCGAGUUCGAUAGGAAUCAAACCCACGACCACAAAAAGAGGUUGUUUCUGACCACUCGAUCAGAGAUUCUGACACUCGGCUACCGAAGUACUUAUCUGACUUCGGCUAUCCGUCUUACACAUACAACCAGUUUCACAGUGAGUCCUAUGCUCAGGCUUAUCUACUCUUGAUAUACUCUUUUAGCCAUAUCCACACUGAUCCUCCUACCUUUCCACUUUCCAAUUUAAGUGAUCAUUUAUCUUUUGUAAAGUUUUGCCUAUGGGGCCAAACAUAAUUUUUAAC